CCAUCUACUUCUACCCCACCUGCACGGUCUGAAUUGACUUUAAACGGGUGCAUUGGUUGCCAAGACGGGCUCUUGAUCAAGGAUUCAUUGUUCGUGAGCGGCCAAAAACCAUUCAUCGGCACAAGCCUUGGGGCUUUCGGGCCCUCUCGCAGAUAACGCCGCGGCCGCCCUCGUUGCGACUCUGGGCAAUUACACCCCCUCUUUGCCCCUCUUGUCCCUUCGUCUGCUGCUUGCCCCACCCAUCCAUCCCAUCCCAUCCAUCCAUCCACACGCCCACCAUCACACUACCCAUCCACACAUACACGGGGUUCACACUCUCCCACCACGGGGACCACUGCAUCCAUACAUCCAAAGCAUCUGCAGCGGUGCUUUUGGAUCCUGGGUGUGGUGCAUAUCUUUGUCGUGUGGGAGAUACGCACGCCGCCACCUCGCCGCAGUGAGGCUCCCUGCACGCUGGUGACCCCUGAUAGUCCCGUGUGACAGACGACGGUUUUAUCCGCCCCGUCUCCAUUUGGCACUAUCGCACCAAAGAAAGCUCUCCUCGGUUGCACACCGCCCCGUUACUCCAUCCCCUCCACGACGUUCACAAUCAUCCGAUUGCUAACCAAACUCAAACAGUCGCUAUGCCGACAGCCUCCGCGGCGUCGCCUCAGCAGCAAACCUUCACCGCCCCCACCUCCCCCUCCGCCCCCACUAAACUCUCGCCUAGAGCAACCGGUUCAGCUCCAUUGAGCCCGGCUGCUAACACUGGCGCCCUUGCAUUCCGCCGUUACUCUGCUUCGCGCAUCUCCGAUACGCGUGGAUCUUUGAAUCCACAAGAGGAAGAGGAAGACGAGCUGGACGAGGAUCAAUCCCCCGCUCCUGCCGCCACCACGUACACCACCGCCCGCGAGCCUGCACGCGAGCCGCCAAUGAGUUCGUGGCGCGCAAAGUUUGGCCGCGGUUGGGGUGUGGGCUUUGGCUCGUCGAACGAGCGCGGUGGCGCGCCAGGCGAGGACGAUACCCCAGAGUCCGAAGCUCCACCCGCCACUGGAAGUGCCGCCGGUGGCUCGCCACCCGCCUCUGGCAUCCAGUCACGCGACGGUUCCGUUAACCCCAAAGAUGAGGUUGAAUCAAAUCCUGACCGCAGUACUCCUGGCAUCGACGGCCCAGAUGGUCCCGACUCGAAGCCAAAACGUCGUCCAGCUCGUCGCUCCGCUGCUGGAUCUGUCUCGCAGAAGAAGGAGGACGACGAGGAAGGGCCCGCGAAGAAGAGGAGGUCGUUGGCUCCCCAGUCCGGUGGUUCAGGCCUCCCUUCCCCGACUCCUUCAGCUGGAGCUGCAGACCCACAGCUCGGCUCUUGCCCUGGUGAUGGCCGCUGCAACGGUGCCGGUGGCAAGGCUGGAUGCGAAGGUUGCCCCACUUACAACAACACGCUGGCAAACCACGUCCCCGCAUCGUCCGGUCCAGCCGAAGGUGUUGACAGGCCUGCCAAGCCAUCUCCGGCCCCCGAACGUCCUACUGAGCGCCCAAGCCCUUGGGGCCUCGGUCUCAUGGCUGGUCUUGCACGAUCUUCGGCUGCCGCCGACCCCUCCCGCUACCCGCAGUCCAGUGCUCCGUCGUCAAACCCCUCUGCCGCGUCGACUUCGGGGCCUGCCGCAACGCCGCCCGGCACGUCUACCCCCGAGGCCAAGGUCAAGGCUUCUGCCUCGCCCGAGGCCGACGAGAAGCCCCAGGUUGGCGGAACCCCGGCUGGGAACGGACUCGCGGCCACGCCUGUGGGCAUGAGCUGCCGUAACUGCGGCACCAGCACCACCCCGCUUUGGCGCCGUGACGAGGAAGGCCGCCCCCAGUGCAAUGCCUGUGGCCUGUACCACAAGCUCCACGGUGUCCCUCGCCCUGUGGCAAUGAAGAAGACGGUUAUCAAGCGUCGCAAGCGUGUGCCCGCCGUUGCCGCUGCCACUUCGCCUGCUGGACGGGGUGGUUCGCAGGGGGCGACGUCGUCUCCUGGUGCCGGAUCUGCUGCAGCACUGGCGACACCGCCCGGUUCAUCAUACGAUGACAAGGCUCGCGCUGCGUACCAGGCCCUCGGUGGCGGUAGCCCAUGGGGUCCUGGUGCCCCCGGUUCCGCAGCAGCGAACGCUCUCGCCGACUCGCGUCGCAAGGGCGUGCCUCUCAUCAUCCCUACAGCUGGUGCUGGAUCUGGUGCCGAGCGCAAGAAGCCCUGGUGGAUCGAGGACCGCCGGGACCGCGACGACAAGGAACGCGAGCAUGGUCAGGAUUCACACCAGCUUGCUGCUGAGGCCCUGCUCUCCAUCGCUCCUCAGACCAAAGUUGCAUCCGCCACGACAUCGCCCGACAACCGCGACAAGCCGGCCUCGCUUGCGCCCGGCCGUGGUUCCGCGAUGGAUGUUGACAAGGACGACGAGCCUCGUGGUGUUAAGAGAAAGUCGGCCGAGGACGAGUCAAGAUUGCCUAGCGCCCACAGCCUUGGCUUAGUUAGCCUUGCGGGCGAGAAGGAGCGCGAGAGAUCUCGUGAACGCGCAUACAGCCGUUCGCCCCUUGCAUCAACCGACAGCCGUAGCACUGCUACUUCGGCCUCGGCUGGUGCACACCCGACACGCAUCGGUUCUGCCGCCGCACCCGCCGGCCAGCCACCCAGCGCUGCAUCCCAACCUGGUCGCUACUCCAUUUACGGACCGAACCCGCGUGACCCAGCGAGCCUCAUUUCCUCGCCGUGGUCCAACUUGUCCACUACGCGCUACGGUGGCUUCAGCUUUGGCCGUCGCGAUCUGGCCACAGGAGCCUACUCUUCGGCUUCGGCAACGUCAUCGCCUGCCUCGGCUGCGCCGAAGGCCAGCCAACUCUCCCCUCCCCGCCGUGCGUCUCCCGAGCCAUCACGUGAGCCCAGCAGCGUUUCGCGUUUCUACGCGGGCGGUGCCGCCGGCGCGGGUGCCCUCAGCGCCAGCUCCUCGUCCCUUUCGGGCUCAACAUACGGACACUACAGCAUGGGCCGCCGUGAGCUCAUGGAGCACCGCGAGCAGCUCCGUGAAGGCAAGCGCUGGCUGGAGAGCAUGAUCACCAAGACGGACAAGCUCCUUCACAUGGUCGACGGCAAGCUCACGACCGCCGCCGACACACCGGCCACUGCCGCCACCAACUCUACUCCUGGAACUGCGGCUCCUGCCCCUACCGGGGCUGCUACUGCCUCCGCGGCGGCUGCUGGGUCAUCGGGUGCCGGAAACCGUCACCACGAAGACUGGGAGUUUGAGGAGCGCGAGCGACAGCGCCAGAAGGAGUUCCAACGACUCGAGGAGGAAGCCCAGCGUGACAGGCAGGAGCGCGAGCGCCGCGACAAGGAGCGUGAGAAGGCUGCUGUCGUUUCGCAGCAAGUCCACCAAGCUCGCGAGCGCGCCGAGCGCGAAGCAGCAUCGCAACAGGUCUACCAAGCCCGUGAACGCGAGCGCGAGGCCCUCGAGCGCGAGCGUGAAAGGGAACGUGAGCGUGACGGCAUCCACGGCGUUGGCUUGCAUGACCGCGACGCCUUCCGCGGCCGGCCACGCGAGAAGCUCGCCGCCGAGCGUGACCGUGAUCUCCUCCUGGCAUCGCGCCGUGUUGCUGCCGUGUCGCCCAAUGGCGCGCGGAGAGAACCCCACAGCGUGGGUAGCUCGAAUGGAAGUGUCUCCAGCGCCGCGGCGGUGGAGCGGGAACGCGUUGAGCGUGAGCGUGAGCGCGAGCGUGAACGCGACAGGGAGCGUGAGCGUAUUGCUGGGGCCGAGGGCGGAGCUGCCCCCUCAGCCGCCAAAGCAUCGCCUUGGGACCGUGACCUAGGCAGCGUUGGACUGCCCCGUCGUGAGCAGCCCGUCUCCCGCCUUGGACGUGGAUUGUGGGCGUUUGACGCCCGCGGUUGAGCCCGUCAUGACAACCGUGUAAUGUGUGACUUUUCCCCCGUUGAUAGUUUAGUAGUUUCUUGAUGAGCAUGGACUGUACCCAGUAUCGGC